UAUUUUCUACACAUACCUUCCCAUCAUUGCCCAAAUCCUCUCUGUUUCUUCUUCUCUUCAUCGUUUCACUUGUUGCUUCCAAUCGGCGGCCUCUCUCUCUGUCGGCCCUGCAUCGUAAUGGAGGCGGCUGUUGUAACUCAAACGAAUGUUGGUGCUGCUGCUAAUCAGGACAAGGAUCAAUCUCAUUCCGAUGUCAAGCUCUUCAACAGAUGGGUCUUUGAUGACAUUCAGAUCAGUGACAUGUCUGUAACAGAUUACAUUGCUGUGAAUCCUGUAAAGCACGCAACUUAUGUGCCUCACACAGCUGGAAGGUACUCAGUCAAGCGGUUUAGGAAAGCCCAGUGCCCAAUUGUGGAGAGGCUGACCAACUCUUUGAUGAUGCAUGGGCGAAACAAUGGCAAGAAGCUUAUGGCGGUCCGCAUUGUUAAGCAUGCAAUGGAAAUUAUCCAUCUGCUGACUGAUCUAAAUCCCAUUCAAAUCAUUGUUGAUGCUGUUACCAACAGUGGACCAAGGGAAGAUGCAACCAGAAUUGGUUCUGCUGGUGUUGUGAGGCGUCAAGCAGAAUUGAUACACCCACUCGAGCUUGCUCUCGGAAUGACCAUAGUAAGCAGCAUAGUGCAAGCAGGUUCUUCCAUGAAUUGAAUCAAACAUCAAAAUAUUAGCUCCAGCUUCAAUAAGCUUUUGCACACAAGAGAUCUUCCCAUGCAUCGCAGCCAGCAUAAGCGGAGUCUGCUUAUGACGAUUCAACAAAUCUGGUUUAA